AUGGUGCUCAGCAAGAGGUGCAGGUUGCGGGAGGACGACCGGGAAAAACUCAUGGAAGCGGCCAAAGUACCUGGCGUGAGUGUUCGCACCAUGCACAAACUUUGGAACAUUUUCCAUGAUCAGAAGAAAAGGAAAAUAUCCUGGUCUACGCGCCAAAGAACUUUGCAGAGGGAGAAAGCACCGCUACGCCAGUGUUUUGACACACUGACUCUUCCAGGCAGGCCUGGUCGCAGGGACGCGGUGUUACUCGUGGCCAAUUUGCCAAAUUUGCUGCGCCAUAUGCUGGACCGUGCCCCGCAGCUGGCAGACCUCUGGGGAGAAAACGCGUUGUUGCAGCCUGUGCUUUACCACGACGAAGCGCCGGCAGGCAACAUCCUGCGCUGGCAAAAUUUCCACGGGAGCAGAGUCACCGGCUUGAAGCAGACCAUCCACCUUGCGGCCCACUGGAAGGUCCGGCUGGACGGUGGAACUUUUGACCUGAAAGGCGCCGGCGGGAUUCGGCCACGCAUGCUUUGCAGCAAUGUUCUCAAGGCGCAAAGCAGAGUCGACGACGACCUGUUUUGCGAGAUCUCUGAGUGGAGAAAAGAAAAGUUUCUCCCUCUCACAGACCGUGAGAUCUUUGCGCAAGCCGACGCGCUCAAGGCCAUAGAGGGCAAAAAGGCGAUCCAGGCCUUUGAGAAGUCUUGUGGCCUACGCAAAACGUUGCGUGGCGUGUUGGUGGACCCUGUGGCAAGGGAACUGCUGCCGCCAAGCCAAGCAGCAGUAGAUUGCACGCACCUUUAUUUUGUGAACGGCUGCGCGAAUUUUGAGUUGGCGUUUCUCUGGCAGGCUAUAAACGCCGCCCUACCGCAGAUGACACACCAUGCCCUCAAGCUCUGUUGUUUGGAAGCCAUGUGGCAAAGACCUUGGUCAAGUGGCCACAAAGGUCCGUCCCUCUUUGGAGAACUCUGGAGUGAGCACGCCUGGCACGCAGAACAGUUCAAAGGUGAGGCGUGGGCAACUUCGAUAGUGGUGCCUUUGCUGAACUACUACCUGGACAAGUUCGUGCGCCCGCGCGGGGUUUGCCCGGACACCACUCGUUCGUUCGAGUGCCUGGCUCGGCUCUGCAGGGAGAUCAAUCGUUUGAGGUUUCGCUGGGCUCCCAUUGCAGAUUGGCAGGAAGUGAAAGAACUGGAUGCUUGGUCACACGUGCACCAACAAUGCUUUGCGCGCUGUUAUUCAGCGGAAGCCUGCAGGCCGAAGCAUCAUUGGCGUCUGCACUUGGCUGAGUGGGUCAUGAUGCUCAAGUUCAUGCCAGUUACUGUGAAAGACAUGAGUCCAAGCAUAGAACCUUCAAGUCUGGUGGAUGUGGCGACCGCGAGGCACACCACGUGCACAAUCCCAGUGUCUACGCGUCCAAUGUGCUCAGCUCACUGCUACUGA